UCGGGCUGCUCCUGGCUGUUCCUGGAGCCCGGCGCCGCCCGCAGCCCCACCUUCCUCAUGUUCAUCUCCAAGGUCCGCGGCAAGCCCGCCCAGGUGCCGGACCCCAGCCGGUUCUCGGGCGCGAAGGUCGGGGACGACCGCUACAGCCUCACCCUGAACAGCUUCCGCAAGGAGGACGAAGGCUACUAUUUCUGCUCGGUCCUGAGCAACUCGAUCAUGUACUUCAGCCCCUUCGUGCCCGUCUUCCUGCCAGGUCCGGGCGCCGAGGGCGCUGCGCCGCUCGGGGUGGGGCUGGGCACUCUCCUCCGAACCCUUUUUUCCCAGGGACGCGCCCCGCUUUCGAGCCUCUUAGCGCCCCUGGGGAGCUCAUUAGAUCCUGUACCCAUUUCACAGACGGGGAAACUGAGGCUGGCGGGCAGCCGGGUAGGGACUGAAGAUAGCUUUCUGGGUCCGGCCGGUCUGGGUUCGAGUUCCGCUGCCCGUGUGGGCCUGGGCACCGGACUUAAGUUCUCUGAGCCUCCGUUUCCUCGUCAGUGGAGCGUGGGUACCCACCCGCGCCCACGAGGCAGCGCCCCCGGGCAGGGCCGAGCCCCGGAGAGAGGAAAGGGAAGAAGAAACCACACUUGGGGCCUAUUGGCGGCACUCACUCCACCUCUUCUUUUUCCUUAUCCAGGGAACCGAAGGCGCGUUUGCAAAUGUCCCAGGCCCCUGGUCAGGCCCGCAGGCAAGCCCAGCCCUUCAGAGAGAUACGUCUAAGACGGUGAGGGGCCCUGCGCAACAGCCACUACAAGACUUCCCACUGAGAACUCCCCUUACAAGGGGAGCAACAGCCCUUCCCUUCGGUUUUUUCCGCCUUCUUUAUGUAUUCAUUCUCGUUAUUAUUACUUUCGUUGGGUGGAGGGGUGGGGGGUUACUUUUUCUUUGUCUUUAAUUGACACAAAACAAAACUGUACAUCUACCUUCCGUAAGGGUUGCAAUACUUUCGCGCACACGUAUUGGGGGGAAGGGCCGGCUGUGCUCUCAGCACCGGCUGUCAGAGCUGUGAGGGCCUCCCCAUCACUUGGUCCAGACCUCCUCCCUGGCCAUUUUGCAGAGGAGGCUGAGGUCCAGGGAGGGGGGAGGCUUGAUCAGAGUCACGGCUGGGCUGGGCCCCUCCUCCACACCCUUCAGAUCGUCCUUCUAGAGGCCUCUGGCUCAGCAUGCGGUUCUGUGUCUCCAACCGCAAGGGAGCAAGUCAUUUCUUGAGAAACCCACCACUGCACGCAGGACCCUGAGAAGAUCAUGAAAUAAGAGAAAAACUGCCUUCCACUGAGUUCUAUAAUGUGGCUGAAAAGUUGUAUAGACACUAGGGAUUCCUCAAAUGAAGUGGAAGAGGUGAGCCGAGUCCUGGAAAAUGAAUUAACUCCAUCUCUAAAGAAAAUCUCUGUGAAAGAUUAAAAAAG